AUGUUUCCCUUUCUUCUUCUUCUUCUUCUUCUUCUUCUUCUUCUUCUUCUUCUUUCUUUCUUUCUUUCUUUCUUUCUUAUUAUUCCUCCAAAAUUGUCUUUAUUUCUCACUUUUUCUCCCUCUCUCCCUCACUCUCACUCCCAACCUCUCUCUCUCUCUUUCUCUCUCUCUCUCUCUCUCUCUCUCUCUCUCUCUCUGUCUUACUCUCUGUGCUAUUCUUGUUUUCACUUUCUUUCUUCUAUUCCAACUUACCUCGCUUCUGGUGCAUUUUUACUUCUACAAGAGCGAGUCUUAUUGCUUUUCCAUCUAAUUCUUUCUUUCUUUCUUUCUUACUUUAUUUCUUUCUUUCUUUUUUUCUUUUUACCUUCUUUCUUUCGAUUAAUUAAUCUUAUUCUUAAUUACUUUUUUUCUUACUUUUUCGCGAUUUUUCUAUAUUUUUGUCAUUUGCUCGCAAUUUAUUUUUUUCUUAUCUGGAUUUCUGCCUAUCCAUAUUCCUUUUCUCUUUUAUUUUUUUUUUCUUUCUUUCAUUUAUUUGUACAUUUUUAUUCAUUCAUUUCCCUUUUUCCUUUUCCUCAUUUAUUGUUCUUUUUUCUGUUUCCUUCGCUUACUGAUUAUUUACGUUUAUUCAUAAUUUUCCCCAUUUUCAUUCAUUCCUUCUUUUAUAUUAUUUCGCCGUUUUCAUUUUAUUAUAAUGUUAUUGUUAUCAUUUUUUGUUUUUCGUUCUUUUUUUUCCUUCAUUCAUCCUUUCAUUAUUGUUCGUGCUUCCGUUUUCUUUUUCUUUUAUUCUUUCUUUCUCUUUCAAUCCAAAUAUUUGUACUUUCUUUCUUUCUUUCUUUCUUUCUUUCUUUCUUUCUUUCUUUCUUUCUUCACUUGAUUUUGAAUAAUCCGACUCACCGACUUUGUUUUUAUCUAUCUAUCUAUCUAUCUAUCUAUCUAUCUAUCUAUCUAUCUUAA